ACUCCAUCUCCGGCCAGCUAGCUAGCGUCGCGUCGCGUCGAGCUGAGAGUUUUGAGCAGAUCGAUCCAUCCAGUAUCCAGCGCGCGAAAGAUUUCUGGGGAUUCCCCCGAUUCCUAGUGUUAUGUACGCAUGCGCAGACUAUACCAAAGCCGAGCUAGCGAGGCGCCUAGCCUGCCUGCCUGCCAUUUCUACAGCUCGUAGUUGAACUCCCGCUUUUUAGUACUAUACUAAGCCUCGGCCUACUAAAUUAUUUGAAAACCACGUCAGAAUCCGACUGAAGCAAGCCACGACUGAAGCCUGAAGGAAGGCAGACUCAAUAUUUCAGAGAGUGUAUGCAAGCUGCAACUUGAGGAAUGACCUCUGAGGCACGGUCCCAGGUCCUCCGGAACGACCGGCUCAUGUACCAACUGGCAGAGACCAUAGAUGCCGUCAAGUACUACUUCCCCUUAGGUCGUGACCUUCUUGGCUCCCAGGCGGCCGUCUCCAACAUCAUCGGACGAACAGAACCAGAUUACCAGGAGAUUGUCUUCAAAUGUUUGUAUACAUGGAGGAAUGCGAAUGGGAAAGGAAAGGGAGAGAGACUGGUGGAGAUAUUCAAAGGUGUUGAGUUAGAUAAAGUUGCAGCUUACUUAGAGCAUGCACUUGCAAGAAACCCAAACUGCCUUGGUGAGGAUAGAUUCCUACAGAGUUUGGCAUCAAAGAUAGACUGUGCGUCAGUCUACAGGAAACUGGGCCUUCCUCUCUUGGACAACAACUCUGCAAGAUUGUCAAACCUCAUCGGUCCUCUGAAUAUUCAAUUUACCCAGUACAAAGAAGCACUCUUUCAAGUACUGAUUAGGUGGAGGAAUCGAGAGGGGUCGUAUCUAAAAUCAUUGGAAUCACUAAAGAAGACACUCCUCAGACAUGGUCUCAGUGAUACUGCUCGACAGCUGCAUCACAUGGAAUAUGGACAUGAUUCUGGCCCCAUGGAAUUAACUGAAAAUGACUGCAAAGAGGAAAGCACUCCUAGCUUUAUAGAUGAGAAGAUGGAGACCGACGGUCCUUCAGCGAACAGCGCCCUCUCUCAAGAACAAUUCUAUGACAUUUAUCUCUAUGCAUCGUCAAAGGACACGCAGUAUUUUCUAGCCAUGGAACAGCUCAUACAUAGAAUAGGAUGGAAGAUGACUUCGUGUUUUGAUCUUGAACUGGGUGAACCGGUGAUGGGAAGCAUAGAAAAGGCUCUACUGAAAUGUUCUCACGUCGUGUGUUUGAUUACGAGAGAUGAUUGCAAUCAGGUCAACGUCGAACGAACGAUGACGAUCGAGAUGACCUUUCAGUCGCUCGAGGAUAAAGGAUUGUCCAGAAGUCUUAUUCCGAUAUACUGUGGUGUGCCGAAAUCUGCCCUACCGCUAUCGCUAAGAGCGCUGAGAGGAGCCAGUAUUGACGACCAUGACCUUGAAAAGUUAUUGAGGAAUAGUAUUGAUGAGAGCAUCCGUAAAAAGAGGGAAGAGGAAUUUCGCAACAUUUCAGAACUGAGCACCCAUACAGACGCCAAUGAUCCUCUACCAUUGAUCUCAUCAAGCGAGGCAACAUUCCAAUGAAGGGAGGAAGGAUGAAACCAAUGAAGUGAAUAUAAUCAGAGCCAUGGAGAACAUUUCAUAAAACUUGUUAUAAUAACAAACUUGCAAUAGCAGUGAAAAGCUACCGAAAUCCUUCAAUCUGAUUGGCUGAUAGUAAACUUGUUAUAGAAAUUGUGCAUUUGUUCUUAUAACAAGUUUUUGUGAAACAGGACCCUGAGCAAUACCCUCUCACAAUUGAACCAGGUGGUUGUUUCAUAAAGCUGUUCGUAAAAUUACGAACGACUUUACGCACGAUUUGAACCUGUUCUUGGGUCAUAACUCAAUUACAUAGGGAUAUCACAUAACACAAGAAAGGAUCAUCAGUCGUGCGUACAGUCAUUCGUAUCUUAUGAACAGCUUUAUGAAACACCCACCAGGGGCCCGUAACACAAAACUUAGUGAUCGUAGAACAUUUUUCUACAACUGAUUCCAUUGACUACAAUGUCCAAUCAAUCGUGAAAAUCAAGCGGUCGAUUAAUCGCUAACCUUUGUGUUACGGGACCCAGGGCCCCUUUUUAAAAAGAUUUACGAUUGAUCCAGUCAACCUCAACUCUAUGGAAAUCCAUCAAUGGCAUAUUUUUUUUGUAGUACAGGAAUUCUGCUCAAUGUCCUUUGUAAACAAAGAGAAGCACACCAAAUUAUCAAGAAAUUGAUGAAUGUAUGAGUAUACAGCAUAUCUAGAAAAUAUUUUGAACAAACAUGCAUUUUAGUUGUUGGUGUUGCUGGCCUUCCAUAGUUGUGGUUCAUUGGAUGAAUUACAACUUUUUGUAAGAUGGGGCCCAGGUCAGGUUACCACCACCUCAGACCUGCAACAGUUUGUUUUUUGGUGUUGGCACGAUCGAUUGCUUGGUGUCUUGCGAGCUUUCACUGUCGUUGUAGGCAGUUGCACGGGUUUCAUGAUAUUUGGCAAAAAGAAGCAAGUUACAUAAGUAUCAUUUGUUGCAAUGUGUGUUCGUUGAUUCAACCCCCCCUGAGAUCUUGGCCGCCGAUCGCGCGAGGGCCGCAAAAAUUUGCACGCUGGUAGUGUACGAUGUAAUCUACAAGGCUGUAUGGUAAAAUUUUCCAAAAUAAUGAGAUUUUAUUUUACAUGAAUUAAUUAUGCUAAUUUAUGCAUAAAUCAUACUUUUUGCUCUAAUUCACUAAAUAAAGCUCCUAGAAUGCUAAUUUUUGGUAAAAAUAUUCUUUGUAGCAUUCUUAACAAUGGCAUUUGAAAAAAACUUCGGUUUGGAAAUCAAUUUCUUAUGUAUUUUAUUGUUUUAUGAAUUUCUUAUGUAUUUCUUUGUUUUUCAACCUUUUGUUUUUCUUUGUUUUUUUCACCAGAUUUAUUGCACAACCUUUUUGAAGCAUAAUUAUGCUAAAAUCAAUUGCUUUCAGCUGUUUAAAGUAAAAAUAAUCAUAUCUUUAUGAAUUAGAUGAGAAAACUCAAUUUGCAUUGACUUUGUACACAAAAUCACGUUUUGGAACAAUUUUUUGUCUGACAUGCACUUACAAAUUGUUGCGUAAUUUCUGAACCGGGUGUCGUUAAUUUGUUCUCAAAAGAUGCACGAGACUUAAAAGUAUAAACUCUGCGAGUGGCGCAGUCAAAAAAAUUUGCGCGGCGGAAUGAUUGCAGAAAACGUUGAGGGGGGGUUGAUUCAACCCCCCCCAGCCAUUUUAGGGUUAAGACAUUAAAGAAUUCUGGCAUUUUUUUUCUUUUAUGCAAUAGGCCCCUUGAUUUGAAUGAAAAGUCGAGCCAAUUUCCACUUUGAACUGUAAUUUUCUUGUUUUUAUUGCAUUGACAAUUUGAGUGUGUAAUGAAUUGGUUAAUUAUAACAGUUUUAAUAGCAGCACACAUUACACUUUAACAUAAUGGUAUCAACAUUCAAUUUCUAUACAACAUUCUAUUUAUUUUAAUGAGGGUUUCUUAUUUGGUAAAUAUGGACCACUUUUCAUCAUAUCAUGAUAGUAACACCAGGCCCCCAAAAUCUCUCCCCCCCCCCUAAAAAAAGUAACAAAAAGAGAAAAUUCCUCAAAUUUCUAACAUUUUAUGUGCAUUUGCUAGAAUUCAGGGUAAUAAUAAAAUAAAGACACUGUACGUGUUUGAGGGCAUAAUAUCAAGUUGGUAAUGUGAUAAAAGUAUGAAAACGAUUAUAAACAUGAUUAUGAAUUUUCAAAGAAUGCCCCUCAAACCAUAACUAGGGACAGUUAUUAUCUGUUCACUGGUAUUUAAUUCUAAACCACCAAGGUUCUUUACUUCAAUGUGAAAAUUUACCUUUGCAAAACGUAAUCAAUGUUUACUUUCUGUUUACAUUUUCAUUGACAAAAUGGAAUUUCCAUUUCAUAUACAGUUUGAAAUGGUAUUACAGGUUUUUAGAAAUGAAAAGGGCCAUUCUUAUAAACAGAAAAUCACUGUCCAUGAAUAACAAAGUUAUGAAAUUUUACAUUUCUAGUAAACAACUGGCUCACAUGUCGUAUAUGAAAUUCAAUAAAUUCCUAUUUUGUUGUGGUUCAUGAUGAAUGAAAAUAAACCCUCAUGAAAGGGUAAAUUGCCAAUUCGUCUAAUGCCAACUUGAACUCAUCCACUCUCCACAUGGUCUACCUUCAUUUAAUCUAAUGCCAUUCCGUCCAACAUUUUGUCUAACAACCAUUUGGUCCAGUCAUAACUUUGUUUAUGACCAUUUCGUCUCAUAACCAGUUGGUCUGAUAUCCAUUUAUUUUCGCCCAAUUAACACUUAGUCCAAUUAGACCAAAUGGUACAUGGACUAAAUGGCUAUUGGACCAAUUGGUUAUUAGACAAAAUGGUGAGAGGACGAAAUGGCAGUUAGAUCCCGAUGAUAUAAGACUGUAAGACAAACUGAUGGUAGACCAGAUGAUAGUAGACGAGUUGGUAAUUGGGCAAUUUGGCAUUAGACCAAUUGAAAAUGAGCACAUAGAAGUGUGUACAUGAAAUUGUGUAACGAUAAAUGCAAAUGGUGCACUGGUAGGAUCAGUUUCAUUUUUUUUUUAAUGGCAAUUUAUGAAUUUCAUAUCACAUGACAUGAUGAUUUCAUCAAAAGAGCAAAGAAGGUUAAUUUCAUAUUUCAUGUGAGAGGGAAGUGUCAGAUAUUCAUCGAUGAGGAGUGUCUAAUGUGCAGUGAUGGACCAUGACCCGGAGAAGACAAAGCAUUGGAGGGGCACAGCAUUUGUUCAUAAAGAAUACAGUGCCCCUCCAAUCAUUUGUCUCCUUCUGGUCACGGUCCGCCACUGCUAAUGUACAUUCAGUAGAGUAGAAAAUAAUGACUUAAUACUUCUGGCAAUAAAUAAAUUAUGAAGGGUGUCUUUUGAUUGACCUUUUUUUAUACAAUAACAUCACGUUUUAAAAUGUAUGUAUACAUUUAUAAUUAUUUUAAAAAUCAUAUGAUCUGAAUAGGGAUUGGUAAUUAUUUAUCAUAUAAUGUUAGAAGUAUUAAUAAAAGUGCAUAAUUAAAGCUUUUUUUUUUGUUUGUUUUUGUUUUUUGGUCUCAUUGUUGGUAAGUUUUGCAAAAGCAGCAGCAAUUUUCUGGCUACAUUUUCUUUUCAACCGUUCAAUGAUUUCAGUCCAACACAGACUUUUACAAGGACAAAGCCUGGACAGAGUAGGUGAGGGGGGGGAGAGAUGGGAGGAGGCAAAAGGGGGACGGGGAGGGGAUGUUGACAAAGGGGGGCACCUGGGGCAGAGAAGGGGGGGGGGGCAAGACAGAAGAAAGCAAGAAGUAAACAAUUUAUUUUUAAAAAUAUUUGCUUCAUGCUGUAAAGUGUUUAUUUCUUUUCAAUUAAAAUAACAACGAUAACAAAGAAAAGACUAGAAGGAUUGCCCUAUUCAGCAUUGAUAACACAACACUCUUACAGAGGGUUCCCUCUAUGUCAACAAAUAUAUAUCUUUGGUAAAAAUCAUUUCAGAUACAGUGAAGGUAUGCAGGGCUUGAAUGCCCUUAUGAUAGGCCUAUUGUUGGCAUCUAGUUAUGUGAGGUUGCAGUAGUACAUGGGCAAGUAACUAUUGAAUGUACAUAAAUAAGGCUAUUAAAAAAGAGUUGCCAACUCAUACCCAUGUGUAAAUAAAAAUGGCAAUAUUCAAUAGUGUUCAGCUGUGUGCACCUGAAUAGGUAGCCUAGCUUAGCCGGGUAAUAAUAAUAGCAGGGUCCGCUGGGAGAACAGUUUUCGGAACUGAAGUGGCUACCCUGGGUAAAUAUACUGUAUUAUUAUUAUUAUUAUAGUCUCUUGAAUAUUAACAGUCAAAAUUUUGUUAUAAAAAACAUUAAAAACUUAUUGCACAUUUCAUCAGGCCCCGUAACACAAACUUUGCGAUCGAUCGCAUAUUUCAAACGAAGAAUCUGAUUGGCUGAAAUUUAUGCAUUUUAUAUUACAUAAUAAAUAUGUGGCAGCUGCUCGUUCAUGACGUCAC